UUCAGAUUCAGUGACUGAGGGUAUGUGGGCAGAUCUCCUUCUCUCUCUGGGCUGAAAGGAAAUUUCGAGUGUGUAACACCUGGCCUGGUGCACAGUAGGUGUUUAUGAAGAAACACUCAUCAGUGCUUCUACGAGGGCUACAAAAUAGAACAGUGCUCAAGGCAGGCUUUGGAGCCAAAUGGAUUAGCAUUGUGUUUUAGCUUCCUUCACUUGCCCUGCCAUCUUCAGCGAAUAACUUAGCAUCCCUGUGCCUCAGCGUCCUCAUCUGUAAAACAGGACUAAAAGUGAAGCCUCCCUCUCAGGGUCACUGAGUGAGAUUACGCCUGGAAAUUGCCUGGUAUGAUGCCAGCCACUGUGUAAAUGUUUAAUAAACGAGCACAUUUGUUACUAGUCUUUACUGCCACCCCAACUUCUAGGAUGCCCAAUUACUCCCCACAGAGUGGGAGGCACAGGGCUGGAACCAGCCUGGGGAGGAUGUGGAGUCCUGGGGCUAUGGCCACCAGACGCAGGCGGCUGAGCAGAGAGGCCGCAAGCUGCCCCCUCUCUUUUUGCCUGUUUGGCUCUUUAGCUCUCUUCGCUGCAUCUCGACCUUUCUCUUCUGCUCCUGCCUCUUUCAGUGCCUCUGCCUCUCCUCUUCACCUUGCAUUUUCGUCGCUGUGUCUCUUUGUUUCUUUCUGGCAGUGCUGCAGACGGUGGAGCCAACUAAUGCUGGCUCAGGUUGGUCCCGCACAUCUCCCAAGCCAGCAUUCAGGAAGCCACUCCAGGAGCUUUAAAUCAGCCGCAGGAGGAAUAUCUACACCACGGACAUCAGCAAGUGGUGCAAAUCAGGAUUUUCUCAUUUGAGAUUCAGUUUAUCAGCACACCAUACUCUCUCUCUCUCUCUCUCUCUCUCUCUCUCACAUCCCUCUGUCUUUAUGCCUCUAUUACUGUCUCUUCCUCUUUGUCUCUCUUAUCUCUCAAUUUCUCUUUCUCUCUCUCUCCCUGUUUUUGAGAGAUACCACAUAUACAUACCCGAGCCAUCACCUGCUACCUCCCAGGGUGUGUACUAGCUGAAAGCUGGAAUCCAUAGCAGGGCCCCAGGUCUUAAGCCCAGGUGCCCCAGUGUGGGAUGCAGGCAACCCAAGUUGCUUCUUAACCAGUGGAUGAAAUGCCCAUGCCACUCCUGCCUCUCCUGUCUCCUCAUGUCUUUUUCUCUUCUGACAAAAUCCUGUGAACCAGGUCACAUUCAGUGUGGCCCUUCACUGCCUUGGGCCGUGCAGACCCCCAGACCCUGGCCCCAUGUCCCCUGAUGCCCUCAGCAUUCCUGUCCCCGGAGAGCCAGGCCCAGCUGGGGCUUUGGUCCUCAUCAAGCCUGGAAGUGACAAAGCUCUGACAGCUGCCACCUCUGUCUGCCGCCCACACCGUCAGCGCUGCCAGGGCUCUCCUCGGCCCACAGAGCUUUCUGCCUCCUUGCCCAGGGCUGACAGUCUCUGAACACCAUUCAGAGCAGGUCUGAGAGAAAGCCAGACUCUAGACUGAUAGGGAUACAUUGUGGCAAUGUGCACUUGGGAGGUAGCAACAUUGUAUCUGCAUGUGGGGGAGGGGUGGACCUGUGGAUCACCUGCAGAGCAGAGCCCCACAGUGGGUCUGAGCGCCAGCCCAGGGCUGAGCUGUGGCUGCCACUGUCCCUGUCUGACAGGCAAGGCAGAGAAGGGUGGCUGGGCGCUGUGAUGUGGGAACAAAAUGCUAGGAUACAUCAUUCUGUGUGGCACUGGGCAAGUUUCUAAACUUUUCUGUGCCUCAGUUGUCUCAUCAACAAUAAUCCUUGAAUCCCAGAGCUCUGAUGAGGAUCCCAAGAGGUGUUUUAGGUCAGGGGCUUCACAGAGCUGCUGCCACCUCUUCAGCUCUCCAUCCCGUAUUUGCAAGUGGACAGAGCUGGGACUGGGCAGCUAUGGGGAGGGUGUCCUCAGCACAGAGGGACCCGGGCUUUCUAUGGAGGGGCUUGGGCAGCCCAGGGAGUGGGGAGGCCCAAGAAUGGGUCAGGAGUGCUGUGCAGAUCUGGGGUCAGCCCUGGUCACCGGCUUUUCUCACAGACCCAGAAAUCCCUUCAGCUGGGCCCAGAUGUCCCUUCUGGGCCCCCUCUGUUCUCUCUCCCGACCCUCACCGGCACUGCAGCUGCCUGGGGCCCAUUCAGACAAUUGGCUUCACCCAGGGGAGGGUCCUGGGGGAAGGAUGUGAGCCCAGGCCUGGUGACAGGGGCUAUUUUAAGGGUGGCCUCCACCGCAGCCUGCCUCACAGUUUACCACAUGGGUGUCACCCUCUCUCCCCAAAAACACACACCAGAGAACAGUUACCGUGGAGGGUGAUUGGGCUGAUGGGACUUGGGUGAGGUCAAGGCAAUGAUGUGACAGAGCCAUGGGCCAGGAAACUGGACGUGGUAGAUCCAGGAAGACUUCUUGGAAGAGGUCCCCCGACCUUCCCAAGGAUCAUGGCGCAGCCCCACUGACCCAGGAGUAGAGGCCUUCGGGCAGGGCACCUGGAAUGGGCUGUGUGUUCUGCAAGAAGCUGGAGCCGGGGCCCAAGGAGGAUGUGGGCCUGGAAGGAAACUUCAGGGCCUCUGGGGCUGCCGACCGCUAUGGCCCUGACCCCACCCAGGGCCGGCCGGCCUCCUCCUUUGCACACAUCCCCAACUACAACAACUUUACCCCUCAGCCCUCCAGCCACACCUUCCUUGGUGGGGGCACCGUCAAGGGCAUCUCAGGCUCUGGGGUGACCCUGUUCAUUGCCCUGUAUGACUAUGAGGCCCGGACAGAAGAUGACCUCACCUUCACCAAGGGCGAGAAGUUCCACAUCCUGAACAACACUGAAGGAGACUGGUGGGAGGCCCGGUCCCUCAGCUCUGGACAAACUGGCUACAUUCCCAGCAAUUACGUGGCCCCCGUGGACUCCAUCCAGGCUGAAGAGUGGUACUUCGGAAAGAUCGGGAGGAAGGAUGCAGAGAGGCAGCUGCUGUCCCCAGGCAACCCCCAGGGGACCUUCCUCAUUCGGGAGAGUGAGACCACCAAAGGCGCCUACUCGCUGUCCAUCCGUGACUGGGACCAGAGCAGAGGUGAUCACGUGAAGCAUUAUAAGAUCCGCAAGCUGGACACGGGUGGCUACUACAUCACCACGCGGGCCCAGUUCGACUCAGUGCAGGAGCUGGUGAAGCACUACAUGGAGGUGAACGAUGGGCUGUGCCACCUGCUCACGGUGGCCUGUGCCACCAUGAAGCCGCAGACCCUGGGCCUGGCCAAGGACGCCUGGGAGAUCAGCCGUGCCUCCAUCGGACUGGAGCGCCGGCUGGGCAGCGGCUGCUUCGGGGAUGUGUGGCUGGGCACGUGGAACGGCAGCACAAAGGUGGCGGUGAAGACGCUGAAGCCGGGCACCAUGUCCCCGAAGGCCUUCCUGGAGGAGGCGCAGGUCAUGAAGCUGCUGCGGCACCACAAGCUGGUGCAGCUGUAUGCCGUGGUGUCCGAGGAGCCCAUCUACAUCGUGACCGAGUUCAUGUGCCACGGUAGCUUGCUGGAGUUCCUCAAGGACCAGGAGGGCCAGGAUUUGAGGCUGCCCCAGUUGGUGGACAUGGCAGCCCAGGUAGCUGAGGGCAUGGCCUACGUGGAGCGCAUGAAUUAUAUCCACCGGGACCUGAGGGCGGCCAACAUCCUGGUGGGGGAGCGCCUGGUGUGCAAGAUCGCAGACUUCGGUCUGGCCCGUCUCAUCGAGGACGACGAGUACAACCCUCGGCAAGGGACCAAGUUUCCCAUCAAGUGGACGGCUCCAGAGGCGGCCCUCUUCGGCAAGUUCACCAUCAAGUCAGAUGUGUGGUCCUUUGGGAUCUUGCUCACCGAGCUCAUCAGCAAGGGCCGAGUCCCAUACCCAGGUAUGAAUAACCGGGAAGUGCUGGAGCAGGUGGAGCACGGCUACCACAUGCCGUGUCCCCCAGGCUGCCCCGAGUCCCUGUACGAGAUCAUGGAGCAGACCUGGCGGCUGGACCCGGAGGAGAGACCCACCUUCGAGUACCUGCAGUCCUUCCUGGAGGACUACUUCACCUCCACAGAACCGCAGUACCAGCCCGGGGACCAGCCCUAGCCUGCCAGGGUGUCGGGCGCCCUCUGGGGAUGCCCAUCACCCCUUGCCGGUCCCCAGGACUCUGACCCUGAGCCCCCCCAGGCUGUGAGCAGAUGCAGGUGCUGUGACGCUGGCCAGGGCAACCCAGAUGGGGCACAUGGGGGCUCCGAGCCCUACCCUCACCCAUUCUGACCCCAAGCACUGCUUCUGCCCUUUCCCACUUAGGCCCCCUGCAUGCCUCUAGCCUCUCGCCCCGCCCCCAAACACUCCGACCCUAUGUGGUUAUUUAUAGCUCGGCAUAGCCCCUUCCCUAACUCACCUCCUGACCCUGCUCCCCCACCGUGCUGUCGGGCCUCUCUGAUCUGAGCGCCGGAAUUUACCUCGACCCCCCCCUCCCGUAAGUUACCAGCCAGGAGGUCUUGGCCUUCCCCUUUGCCUGCUGGGUGGGUGGGGGCUGCAGGCCGGGGCCAGAGCAGAGGGGGUAGGUUGCUGAGGGCUCGCCUCCUCGCUGAACAGUGUGUGUUUAUUGAUUUUGUAAAUAAGGAAAGUUACAAUAUGAAUCUCCAAAGUACCAGC